AGACGGUCCAGUACAGACAUGCAGUGUAAGCGUUUCCUUUCGUGUGUUCUGCUGCUUACCGCCGCCGGACCCCUCCUCACACACCCUGUCUCACACUCUAACGAGAUGUCCUACACCGGAACAGAGGAGGACCAGGUGGUGAGUCCAGAGGAGCUGUCCCUUUCUGACCACACCUACAGAUUCCACAGUGCACCUGGCCUUGGCAAUCUAAGAUCAGCAGUGUUCAGCCCAGACCAGGCCGUGAGAGAGGUGCUGUUGGAAACACCAGCUUUGAGCCCUCAACCUCAUUUCCUGGGCAGCAGAAGAGAGUACAGAAAGAGAACCACCACCGAGUGCUUCUGGAAGUAUUGUGUCUAGGAGUGACACACACACACACACACACACACACACACGAUACAUAGUAUGUAUUUAUUCUGUUGUGUUCAGGCACAGCUCAGGUGUACAUAGUGAAAUAGUGAAUAUGAGUAAUACACAUGACUGUGUA